CUCCCUUCCUCCCUCGGCCAUGGCGGGCAACUUGCGGCACUUGGCGCUGGUGGGCACGGCCGUAGCUGUCACCGGCGGGGUGGCCUACGUCGUCUGGAGGAACUUUUGGGCCCCCAAAGCUUCGGCCGACUCCCCACCACUGCGGGAGCCCUCGCCGGAACGCGCCCCCCUCGCCUAUGUGGAGCCACCCCCGGAAGAAGAGGAAAAGCCCCAAAGCAAGCAGAUCCUGGUUCUGGGUUUGGACGGAGCUGGGAAAACCAGCAUUCUCCACUCACUAACAGCUAACCAAGUGAAGCACAGCACGACUCCCACGGAAGGCUUCAAUGCAGUCUGUGUCAGCACAGAGGACUCCAAGAUGGAAUUCCUAGAAAUCGGGGGCAGCGAGACCCUGCGAGGCUACUGGAAAAUGUACCUCUCACGAGUCCUGCUGCUGAUAUACGUCGUGGAUUCAGCCGAUCACAAGCGCUUGCCUGUUGCAAAGAAACUGCUUCAUCAGCUGGUCCAGAAUAACUCGACCUUGCCUGUAAUGAUCCUUGCCAAUAAGCAGGAUCUCGAAGGUGCAUAUUGCAUCACAGACAUUCAUGAGGCAUUGGCAUUGUCUGACAUCGGGGAUGAGAGGAAGAUAUUCCUUAUUGGCACGCACGUAGCAGAAGACGGCUCCGAAAUCUCUGCCGGCAUGAAGGACACACGGGAACUGAUUGCAGGGCUGGUCUCGGAAGCGAUGUGAUUGGUCCCGGAACGCGGCACCACCACGGGACUUAGAGCGGCCCUCGAAUAAGCAGCUUGCAACCAUCCCAUAGCGUUACUUUGCAUUUGAACCUUGCAGUGUUGAUCCUCAGGUAUGGGAUUCCAAUGGAGGUGAUGCCGAAGUUGCAAAGGACCUUGAGAGUUUGCUUUUUACUGUAAUAUCUUUGGGGAAAGUAGCUUGUGUGUCUUUAAAACCAUGUGGAGAGAAAUGGCACGGAUCAAGCGGUUGGACAUCCCACCCCAAGGUGUCAAACAUUGCUGCCAUUUUCAGAGGCAGCUGCUGUGGGUUUCAUUCAGAGCUGUGUGCUGUUUUAGGAGUGAACGUGUGGGAAAGCAAUACAAGUUUAUGUCUGAGGGUGACUUUGUUCAGAUUGUAGAGCUGGGAACCAAGGAACAAAAGCCUCUAGCUGCGUAUAUCUCUGGAGAGCUCUGCAUUUUUUGAACAUCUUCAUGACCUUUGUUGCCUAAGGUAUACAGAUAUAUAUUUUUAAUCAGGCUUGUCCCUGAGCUUUCCCUGUCAAGCCAGAGCAGUGGAAAACCUCCUUUGCUCCAACUUAAAGGAGGAAAUGGCACACCAGCUACAGGCAGAGCCUCUGGGUGAAAGAUGUACUCAGCAGUAAGAUGAGGGGGUGGGGCUUCACCUCCUCAGCAACAUCACCUUCAGCCCUUUAACAGCCCCCCCCCCCUUUACUGAGCUGUGUUUUUACUUUGGAGGGGGUGAGGUGAGACAGCCUGCCAGGCUGCUUGGAGGAAUCUCAUCCGACUUCUGCACUAGCAUGACUAGCUGGAAGGGUGUGUGAAGGUGACACCAGCGAGAAGUGCAGGGUUUGUGCAUAGACACCAUUCCUGUGCAUCUCCACCCUACCCGCUGUUAAUUCCACAGUGAGGGUGGCUUUUGCUCACCCCUUUAUGGUCACAGCCCAAGACCAUCUGGUUGCCAUGGUAUGUUUAGAGGGCAGUGUUUGGCCACACAUGGAUGAGUCCUCAGUUGGAUAAACCUGGGCCUGGAAGAAUCCACGUGGUGGGAGGAGAAGGCCUGAUGAGCCAAAAACGAUGCACAGUGGCUUUUGGUUUGCAUGUCAGUCUUGAAAGGGAUGAAUGUCCCACUUGUGCACCCAGGUAAGAGCACAAUCACACAGUAAGUAGUAUUUUGCAACAUUUGGGUAAUUCUUAAUAAAAGGUGGUGAUUUUGAGAGGCAUUUCCUGCCUUUUUAUACAUGUGGCUGUGAUAUGAUGGGAAAGAGGCUUCCCAGCUCUUUCUUAUCAUGAACUUUUCCUAUUAAAAAUCCACCUCCUUGCUACUGAGGGGAAAGCUAAUGGAUAUUCUUUUCUUUUCCCCACAAGGAAUCUUGGCAAAGGCUGGGGAAAUUGUCUGGUGGGGGAGGAGUAAGGGACCCCUGACCCCCUCCCCAGUAGUUUUUUUUCCAGAGCUUUUUUUUGGGGGGGGGGGGUAGCAGGAACUCCUUUGCAUAUUAGGCCACACACCUGAUAUGACCAAUCCUCCAAGAGCUUACAGUAGAACCUGUAUUAAGAGCCCUGUAAGCUCCAGGAGGAUUGGCUACAUCAGGGGGUGCGGCCUAAUAUGCAAAGGAGUUCCUACUACAAAAAAAGCCCUUUUUUUUUCACCUUCAUAAAAGGACUGGGUAGAAUGCCUAAAAAGAACUGCAACUCAUAAGAACCUCCAAGGAACCUGCUUUUCUUUACAUGGCCAUUUUCUUCCCCUGAACCAGGAUAAGGAGUCCCCACCUGAGCCAGGCCUUUCUGUGCCCUUCUGAGUUACAUUUGGCAGGGCAAGAAAGGCCACUUAUCUACUAGUCAGAGCUCAGUGAGAUUUCAUGCACGGAGGAUCCCGGUUUGAUGGGAAGAGGCCAUGCAUCUUUGACCCACUCCUCCCCACAAGAAAAAAACGGCACCUCUCCCGCUUCUCAGUUUUGAAGCAUUGCCCUCACUUCCAAAGACUGCCACUGUUGUUGAAGUGGCUUCCCACAAAUGUUACAUCUAAUGCCUCAAGGAUGCAGGCAUCGGUAUAGCAAAAUACAUCAGACAUCUGUCUCCUUCCUCCUCCGCCCACCUGCCCCUUAAUGACAUUCUCAGGGUAAUGUUAGCAUGGCUCAAAUUGUACGAACUUUAAGGAAAACAGCUUCAGACUUGUACCUCUUGCAAAUGUUGAAGGAAAAUCUCUGUAUUUGCCUCUGAAUUUUGAAAACUGUACAGAAGUUUUCUAGGAAGAUUUUUUUCCCUCACUUGUAUACCAAAGCAGUUCCUUUAUAUAAAAUCAGAUUAUUUUUCUCUUA